GGAGACACUCCUCAUGAAGGGGUGGUCCUCAUCCUUUCAGAUCAACUUCCUGCUGGAGGCUCCACCCUCACCACGUCCCUCCCUCUUCUCUCAUCUGGAGUCACCUUUUGGGAUUUUGGAGUUGAGCACCAUGGGGACUCCAAAUGAUCAGGCAGUGCUGCAAGCCAUCUUCAACCCUGACACCCCAUUUGGAGACACUGUUGGAUUGGACCUCGGAGACGGAGAGGAAGCAGAAAAGGAAGAACGAGAAGAAGAUCAAGUUUUCCCUCAAGCACAGCUGGAACAGUCCAAGGCCCUGGAGCUGCAGGGGGUGAUAGCAGCAGAGGCUGGGGACCUCAGCACAGCCCUGGAGAGGUUUGGCCAAGCCAUCUGCCUGCUGCCUGAGAGGGCUUCAGCCUACAACAACCGUGCCCAGGCCCGGCGACUCCUGGGAGACGUGGCAGGCGCCCUGGAGGAUCUGGAACGCGCGGUGGAGCUGAGCGGCGGCCGGGGCCGCGCCGCCCGCCAGAGCUUUGUGCAGCGCGGACUCCUGGCGCGGCUGCAGGGCCGAGACGACGACGCCCGCAGGGACUUCGAGAGGGCGGCACGGCUGGGCAGCCCCUUCGCGCGGCGCCAGCUGGUGCUGCUCAACCCCUACGCCGCGCUGUGCAACCGCAUGCUGGCCGACAUGAUGGAGCAGCUGCGCCGCCCCCGCGACAGCCGCUGAGCGCCGCGGACCCGGGCGUCCGCGGGCGAGGGGACGGGACGGGGCCCUGAACCAAUAAAGCCGUUGGUCCUCACCGACUCCGCCUGCUCCUGCGUCCUGCCCGCGCCCGGAGAGAAGGGCACUCGGGGGUACUCUGCGCGGGGGGACUCUCGGCGCGGGCUAGGGACCAGCCAGGGAGUGGUGAGCCACGGCCGCCCACCUGCCGGGGAAGGGCCCGUGGGGCCCGUGGUCUGGCAUCGAUUGGCCCCGCCUGGCGCAGCCCCCGCCCCUGCAGCGGACUGCGGUGCUCAUCAGACCU